UUCAAUUUUCAAGAGCAACUCACAAUUCGAACCGCGUUCUUCGUUUCUCUGGUAUGUUCUGGCCCUGCCGGGCUGCCGUAGCGACGGUUGCUGUGGAGCCGACGGGCGCGGAAAUUGCUGCGAGGGGGACGAGCGCCGAAACACAGUACAUACCGGGGCUAAAGACUUCAAAACACACCGGGAAUUUAACAACGAAACCGGACAGGCACGCCACCCCGGAGAGAGUAGCAGAAGAAGGCGACAGACGAGCUCGAGUGAACUAUAGCCGGUGAGUGUGAGCCCUCACAGCCGCGCACAGCCCCUGACGGAGUUAGUGCUUCUUGUUGGUGUAAAUAAAGAAUAAGCAGGAAUACAGUAACCAACACUCACAGGACUGUUCAAGACUCGGUUAGUGCAAGACACUUGUUUCAGCAGGACACGACCCUGCAGAGGACAACAUCUUCUGUUAAAGAGCUGCCAUGGAGGAGAGUAUCCGGUUGGUGUCGUCUGGGGACGAUAUAAAGAUCUGGAACUCGUCGUCGAUGACCGUAGUGGAUCAGUUCAACCCCCAUGCCACCACUCACCCUGUCUCCAGAGUCUGCUGGAGCAGCAACAAUCAUUUCCUGGUCAGCGCCUGUGCUAGUGGGGAUAAAAUUGUGGUAUCGAGCUGCAAGUCCUCCCCAGUCCCUGUUCUGGACCUUGCUGAAGGGCAAAGGCAGACCUGUGUCAAUUUAAAUUCCACGUCCCAGUUCAUUGUGAGCGGUGGCCUUGACAACACCGUCAACAUCUGGGAUCUGAAGUCUAAGAAGCUGCACCGUUCCCUCAAGGAUCACAAGGAUGUGGUUACCUGUGUGUCCUUCAAUGGAAACGAUAGCUACAUUGCUUCUGGGUCAACAAGUGGUGAAAUUAUUUUGCACAGCAUUACCACCAACCUGUCCAGCACUCCUUUUGGUCAUGGGAGCACACAGCCUAUCCAGGAUUUGAGAUACUCGUCUGUGAAGAAGUCCCUGAUGGGCAGUGUGUCUGACAGUGGCACAGUGGUUCUGUGGGACGCCAACACUCAGAAACCCCAGCACACCUUCGAAAGCGCUCACAAGGCUCCAGCCUGCGGGCUGUGCUUCUCGCCCGCUAACGAGCUGCUGUUUGUCACCGUGGGUUUGGAUAAGAGGAUCAUCUGCUAUGACACUUCCAGCAAGAAGGUCCUGCGAGGCAUGGUGGCAGAGUCCCCCCUCACUGCGAUAGACUUCAUGCCUGACGGAGCCGUCCUGGCGGUGGGCUCGUCCCGAGGGAAGAUCUACCUGUACGAUCUCAGGAUGCUGACGUCUCCAGUGAAGACUGUGUCCGCCCACAAGACGUCGGUGCAGUGCCUAAAAUUUCAACACUCCCCCUCCCAGACCAAGUCAAGUAGCAAAACUUCUGCAAGCAAGUCCUCCACUACUCUGUCUGCCAGCACCUAUAAGAGAGCUACAGUCCAGAGCAGCACAAGAGAGGCGCUCCAGAAACCAGCAGCACCAGCAGCCCAGCACACAUUCGGGGCACCGGCAGCCGGGGAGAGAGGAGACGGAAGGCAAGAUAACUCAGCAGAAAUGCCUCGCAGCACCAGCCUGGAUGUCUUCCCAUCAAAAGAGACGGACAGUCUGAAGAGCAUUAACCACCUCCCCAGCUUGGAAAAAUUCGACAACGUGGGGAGAAACAGCCUGAGUGACGUGCUUUCUCCAGUGCGAGACGAUUAUACCACACAGAAAGGAAGUGGAGACUGCUCGAAAGGAGAUGGGCUGGAUUUCCUCUCCCAGUUCACCAGCGGACUGCCUGCCCGCAGAGCUCCUCUGGGGACCCCCGGGGUGCAGACCAGCCCUUUCAACAUGUUCGGGGACUCCCCGCAGCCAGUCCGAGAGGAGGAAGAGGAGCCCAAACCAGUGCGGGCACAACUGGGACUCCAGGACACCAAGCCGAUUUCCAAGGGAAGCAGCUCCGCCACAGAGCCAGUGAGCAUGAACACUCCAGGGAUGCUGCGCAGCUUUAAAUCUCCAGAUAUGAGAGGGAAGGAUGUCCAGACAAAGCUGCAGUACGAAUCUCCAGUGAACGGAGCCCUGCCUUCUGUACCAAUUUUGAGCCCAAGCCCGGGGGUCUCUGCUGCUGGAGUGGCUUCCUCGUUGUCGGAGAGGAUUGCCGAUACCAUUGGGAGUGAUGGCAGCAGUGCGCCUCUGACCUCCAUUCAGAUCCACUUCAUCAGGAACAUGAUCCAGGAGACGCUGGAAGACUUCAGAGAGUCCUGUCACAGGGAUAUUGUGAACCUGCAGGUGGAGAUGAUCAGGCAGUUCUACAUACAGCUGAAUGAAAUCCACUCUCUGAUUGAAAGGUACUCCGUUACCGACGUGCUAGUGGCAGAAAUUGAAAAGCUGAAAGAGGAAAACAAAAAACUCCGGACCAAUUUCUGAAAGCUGCCCCUUUGUGCCAGCAGGGCUGUGCUCGGCUAGUGCCAGCAUAGCCAUGGAGGAUAUUUCUGUGUGAACAGACAUGCGUGUUUUCAGAGGCCCUGCCUAGUGCUGGGGUGGGGUGAGUGAAGAGAUUGACAAGCUUCUUUAUAAAGGAGCGCUGCCCCUGUGAAGGGAGCUGACUGCUCUCAGGAGAGAUCUCUCUCCUCUGUGGUAAAACACAUGGUGCCUUGAUAUAUUAUAACGUAUCAUUCAGUUUAGGACUCUGUCCCUUAACAGAGUGAGCUUUGUCAUGUUCCUAAAGCUUCAGAAGACUCUCCGUGCUGUUACCUGUGUUUGGGUAGAGUCCCUGGUUUGCAGGAAGCUGUGCAGAUUGUCUUAACCAGUACCCCUCUCUACCUCUAUAACUCGAGUUCUGCAGUAACUCUUCCCUCCUAUACCUCACUCAAGCAUACCUUCUGUAUUUUGUAAGCAGAUGUUUAUACCAAUUUCCAUGGACUCGACAGUCCUCUUAACGUGUUCAGCGUGUCCUUUAUAAAGGGAUGGAGAGUCGGGUCAGGACUGGUCUGGUGGGGGCUUUGUGGAAAAAAGUACUUUACUAUAGCCCCUCGUCACGUCACAUCUGCCAGUUUAUUGAACAUUGCAUUGAAAGCAAAGUGGAUAUUGUUCUAAAACAAUUUGUUGUCUCCUUUAAUUAAAAUGGUAAUGUAUUUACACAGAUAGAAACGCAAAGUGAAGCCUAAUCGUCUGCUUUGAAUUGACACUCGGUAGAGCAGGAGUUCACAUUUCUUAAUGCUUUACUGUGUAGUGUUAAAGAAACCCUGUGCAGACCACACCUUUGUUUUUGUGUGUGGGGAUGUUCUUAUCAGCAGGUUUUAAAAGCUCCUUUCUAAAUGCUCUCACCCCCUCAUUACAAACCGUUUCAAUUGCAGACAUGUUACAGUAGAGCAGAGGUGGCCAGCCCAGGUCCCGGAGAGCCACAGUCCAGCAGGCUUUAUAGGUAACCCUGAAAUCAUCCACUUCUGAACAAUAUAAGUUGCUGAUCAAUUUAGCAAGUUAGUGUUCAAUUAAAUCAGGAGUGGUAGGCUCUGGUCCACGAGAGCUGCAUUUGCUUCAAAUUAUCUCUAAAUUACAUCCUUGAGCAAAUUACUACUUAAAUUGAAAGAAUUACUGCUAUUACCUAGUCAGAAUUAUCAGAUACUGAUGAUUUAAAGGGUAUAUAAGGACCUUUUAUUGUGUUACAUGUUCCCAUGUGUUGCUACAACUGUUUACGUAAGGUGUGUGUAUUGUUUUAAUUUUUUUAAAAAAAAUUUUUACAUUUUGACAACUUGUAUUGCUAUCAUCCUCCUGCUCACUGGUAAAUCCAUCUCAGUUACAUAUGUGAGCAGGAGGAUGAUGGGAAAUGUAGUUCUGAGAGGUCAAUGCUGGUACAUGGGAAGCCAUCUUGAGGCAGGGAAUGCAAUUUAAAAGUUUAAAAAAAGUGGUCAAAAUGUAAAAAAAUUAAAAAAUUAAAACAAUACACACAUCUUCCGUAAACAGUUGUAGCAACACAUGGGAACAUGAAACACAGUCAAAUAAAAAGGUCCAUAUGUACCUUUUAAGGGUUACCUAUAAAAACCUGCUGGAUUGUGGCUCUACAGGACCAGGGUUGACCACCCCUGGUCUAGAGGUGCAAAGAAAUAAACUUUAUGCAAGCAAUUCCUAAACUCCUCAGUGAUGCAUAGUACUCUGUAGCUGAUUGUGGAUACAGACAGGCCUGUAAAAAAAACAUGGGCUGUUUGCAGACCAAUAUCCACAUCAUUGGCCAGGGGGUAGAAUAAAUCUAUCUAUUUAAACAAAUACAUCUGACUGUUGCUUCUAAAAAUCUAAAUUGGUUUAUUUCUUUUGACAACUGAAAAGCUUGCAAUACAACUAACAUUAAAAUGAAAGCAAUAAAUUCCAGAUACUGACUGCUUGAUAUUCAGGAGGAGGCUUAUGAAGUGCUGCUGCUGUGCUCAGAAGUUGUCUUGAGGUACCAAUGCACUCAGUAGAUACCCGUGCAGACCAUGGUCCUGGAGCAUGUUUCUUCAUGGGCCAGUGAGGCUGUCUGGGGAAGUUUUUAAAUGUAUUCAUCAGUGGAAACUUUCUGAUUCAUUACCGGGCUAACUGGAGGGACAUGUAAGUGACUGAGGGUUUGAAACCUAGAUGAUCUUAAUGCUUAAUUUAACAAGAGGUUACAGAUUAAAACAACACAUUUAUUAACAUUAAGAAGCUAUGUUGAGCACUGAAAGUAUUAAGAGCUCUGAAAGUUCAUUGCACUUGCAUGGUUCAGUUUUAAAGCCUGGGUGCGCAGAGAACACAUAAUGGAGUGGAGUCUCUGUCAUUUCAUCAGCUUUGCUGCAGCUUUCUUUUGUAUUUCAAACCAGAAAUGCCUUGGCUUGUAGAAUCAGCACAACUUGUAAAUGUUAACUAUAUUUGUACCUUCUGUAUAGAUGUGUAAAGAAUAAAAAGUG